GGCGAUCGGGCAGGGCGGCUCCGCUCCGCACGCAGAGAGCGCCGGGCGGCCGAAGCAGGCAUCAUCACUGAAUCUGCUAGAAUCUUCUCACAUCCGCCAUGAACAUCUCACACUUCCUGGCCUUGCUGUUCCCAGGGUCCUCACAGGGGCAAAACAGGAGCAAGUCAAAAGGCAUCCCAUAUAACUUCUCUGACCACUGCCAGGAUUCCGUAGACCCAAUGGUCUUUGUUGUCACCUCCUACAGCAUCGAGACCAUCGUAGGGGUCCUAGGUAACCUCUGUCUGAUAUGUGUGACCAUUAGGCAUAAGGAGAAGGCCAACGUGACCAACCUGCUUAUUGCCAACCUGGCCUUCUCUGACUUCCUCAUGUGCCUCAUCUGCCAGCCGCUUACGGCCAUCUACACCAUCAUGGACUACUGGGUCUUUGGCGAGGUCCUUUGCAAGAUGUCAGCCUUUAUCCAGUGUAUGUCGGUGACAGUCUCCAUCCUCUCCCUUGUCCUUGUGGCUCUGGAGAGGCAUCAGCUCAUCAUCAACCCGACAGGCUGGAAACCCAGGGUCUCCCAGGCCUACCUGGGGAUUGGGGUCACCUGGCUCAUUGCCUGCUUCCUCUCCCUGCCUUUCCUGGCCAACAGCGUCCUAGAGAAUGUCUUUCACAAGAACCACUCCAAGGCUCUGGAGUUUCUGGCGGAUAAGGUGGUCUGUACUGAGUCCUGGCCACUGGACCACCACCGCAUCAUCUACACCACGUUCCUGCUGCUCUUCCAGUACUGCAUCCCGCUGGCCUUCAUCCUGGUCUGCUACGUCCGCAUCUACCAGCGUCUGCGGAAGCAGAGGCAGGUAUUCCGCAAAGGCACCUACAGUUCGCGGGCCUGGCAGAUGAAGCGGAUCAACAGCAUGCUCGUGGCCAUGGUGGCCGCCUUCGCCGUGCUCUGGCUGCCCCUACAUGUGUUCAACAGCCUGGAGGACUGGUACCAUGAGGCCAUCCCCAUCUGUCAUGGCAACCUCAUCUUCUUGGUGUGCCACCUGCUUGCCAUGGCCUCCACCUGUGUCAAUCCUUUCAUCUAUGGCUUUCUCAAUACCAACUUCAAGAAGGAGGUCAAAGUUCUGGUGCUGACUUGCCAGCAGAGCGUCCCCACGGAGGAGUCCGAGCGCUUGCCUCUAUCCACGGUGCACACGGAAGUCUCCAAAGGGUCUCUGAGGCUCAGUGGCAGGUCCAACCCUGUGUAGCCAGGACUAGGGUUUCUCCUUGCCAUGGUCAUGGCCAGGCUCCUUCACUUAGCUAAGUGGGCGCAUUGCAAGCUGGGGGCGGCACUCCAUCAUUACUGGCUUUCUGGGGCCCAGAUGGGCUGGCAGGAGCCUGUUUUUGCAUCCUUUUGCAUUGUGAAGUCUGUCAUCCAGAUGGUUCAGCUAUUGUUCCUGGGAGAAUUCUGAGUCUGGAUUCUGCAGGUCACACACAGAGUGCCUUGUAACUUGAGCGGAUGCCCGAGCCGGAGAUGGUCUGAUCGUAUCAGGCAGAGUUCAUUCUGGUAACUCAGCAACAGAUGCCCAGCCCCAGAACCCAGGGGUUUGACCUCCACCAGUGAGUCUGCAAGGUCACCGUGGGCUGAGGGGAAGAGCAUGUGGAGUCAGAAUUCUGGACCUUGGUGCUCCCCUAGCCUCUGUGGGAGAUGAUGUGUGUGGAUGGGCUUUGUAAGUGGUGAAGAAUUUUAUGGAGGCAAGACAGUGGGAUUACUGUGUAUUAUUAGUACAUCCAGCUGAGACAGGAUCCUGGUGGCCUUCUCACACUCCCCUGCAGUAG